AUGCCACACGAUGAUGCGGCACCUCCAGAGGGGGUAUCACUAGUUCAAAAUUUCGCGCAGACCGAGAAGCUAGCUUUGAUGGGUUGUGACGCCAAUGCCCGGCACUCCUUGUGGGAAAGCUCGAAAAUCAACGAUAGAGGUGAGUCUCUUUUUGACUUUAUAUUAAGGUGUAAUCUAGAAAUAUGUAAUAAGGGUGGCUGGGAAGAGGUUUUAGAUAUUGCACUUUGCUCGACUUCCCGCUCAUUAGCGAUCAAUGACUGGAGAGUUUCAGCCAGGAACUCCUUCUCUAAUCAUAAAUACAUCAUGUUUGUUAUGGAUAUUCCCAUAGUAGCUAAGCAAUCUCAACGUAAUCCCAGGAAGGCAAACUGGGACAUUUUAAGGUCUUUGCUCAGUAUUAAAGUCAACAUAGCCCCCGCUCCAAUUAACUCGAUUAGGAAAUUGGAGGGUAGGGUCAACUCUUUGACAGAUAAUAUCAUCUCUUCCUUUGAAGCAUCGUGUCCUCGCUCGUAUGCGAAGAAAUGGAGGCCACCAUGGUGGAACGAGAAGCUCUUUUUGCUUCGCAGGAAUGCACGAAGAGCUUUCAGUGAAAGCUAUUGUACCAAGGUUUGGACUCCAUAUAAGGAUGCUCUAAGGGUUUACAAAAAAGCGCUUCGGGAAUCCAGGAAAUUGUCAUGGAAUUCUCAUUGCGAGCAAAUUGAAAGUAUUAAAGAAUCGGCUAGACUAGCCAAAAUGCUAGCAAAUAGUCGCUCUUGUCCCUCCCUCAUUAACAAAGUAGAUGGAAGUCCAGUUAAAUUCUUAACGGAAUCCCUCUCACUAUUAGUAGCUACCCAUUUUCCUGGUUCCUCGGGUGAUACCCAAAGGUAUUACCGUAUCGUUCAGCCAACUCUGACGCGACUAUACAGUCAGUGGUAUCUUCUAGAAUGA